UGUGGAGCUGUGGAGGGGGAGCGGUGAGGUUAGUUAACUCCAGCAGCAGCAGAAGAAGCACUAAAGCCCCGUGUUUACUGUCUGUCUGAGUCUAUAAACCCAGCUUUAACUCCUCACACACGUCUGGUCCAGCAGCAGGAAGCAGAGAUGAUCAUUCGGCAGCUGGUGAGGAGGACCCCCCUCCCUGCUUUAGAAUGUGGGACUCAGAUUGCGCUGCUGAAAACUAUGACUGGAGUAGCGAGACCAAACUCGGACAUGGCAGAGUUUCGUGAGGUUUUCUCCAAAGCCAAACACAUCGCCAUCAUCACUGGAGCUGGAGUAAGUGCAGAGAGCGGCCUGCCCACCUUCAGAGCAGCCAGUGGCCACUGGAGGAAGUGGAAGACCCAGGAUCUGGCAACCGCACAGGCUUUCUCCCGCAACCCGUCCAGAGUUUGGGAGUUCUACCACUACUGGAGGGAGCUGGCUCUGAAAGCCACGCCCAGCGAGGCCCACAGAGCGAUAGCCGAGUGUGAGGCGAGGCUCAGUAAGCAGGGCCGGUCCGUGGUGGUCAUCACUCAGAACGUGGACGAGCUGCACCGCAGAGCCGGGUCCAAACAUGUGCUGGAGGUCCACGGCAGUCUGUUCAGGACCAGGUGUCUGAGCUGUGGAGAUGUAGACGCCAGCCACCACAGCCCCAUCUGUCCUGCUCUAGAGGGCAAAGGUGAUCCAGACCCAAACUGCCGUGAUGCUGAUAUUCCUGUGAAGAAUUUACCACGGUGUGAUGAGGGGGGAUGUGAUGGGCUUUUGAGGCCACAUGUGAUCUGGUUUGGGGAAACGCUGGACUCUCAUAUCCUCACCAAAGUGGAGAAAGAACUGGAUGCCUGUGAUCUUUGCCUGCUGGUUGGUACGGCGUCCGUCGUCUUUCCUGCAGCCAUGUUUGCCCCUCAGGUUGCGUCCCGGGGCGUUCCAGUGGCCGAGUUUAACAUUCGCCCGAGAGCGAACACGUCUCGAUUCACGUAUCAUUUUCAGGGUCCCUGUGCGACCACCCUGCCCGUCGCUCUGGAGCGCCACGAGUCCGAGGUGAUCUGAACCAAGCCCCGCUUUUCCACAGUGGAAAGAGAGGAAGAGGAGAAUCUUCAUCUUCCUCUUUAUAAACCAGCCCUGAGGGAGAGCCCUGCUCAAUUACCAGCAUUUACACACAGCGCACAGAAGCACUCAGCGCCGGGAGCGCGGCGGAGCCCAGAGAUCCGUGUCUCUGUUAUCAGUACUUUCUGCUUUAAAUGAGGUUUGUGGAGGAUUAAAAGAGGUGGAGUGGACCUGUUAUAGGGGUGUUGUUUCAGCCACGUGGGAACCAUUUAAUGCUCACUAGGAAAUUGGGAGAAGUGUGCUGAAUCUCAUUUUAUUAGCGGUGUAAUAUAAUUGAUCAUGUUGUGCAGUAAAGCCAAAGCGUUCCCUGGAGACCGUGUUUAAUUGAGUCUUUUGCUGAUCUGUGGGAAAAUGCAGUUAAUCGUGCUUCUUUUUAAUCUUUCGCUCAGCAGCUUUUUAGCUCCUGUAAUAACGGCUUACGAACACUAGUGAAAAUACACAGGCAGUGAAUGGGAAUUAAUCAAAUACUGAUCAUUUAUAUCAGAGUUUCUUAUCUCUCUUAUCUCCCUUCACAUAUUGUGUUAGUGUGCCUGAUUUAACACACCCACUUCUAGUCUGAAAUGGAUUGUUAAUAGCUUUAAUUAGUGAAUUAGUGACAUGAAUGACAAUGUUUCCUCAGGACCAGGCUUGAAAAACACUGCAUUAGUAAUAGAUUAGUAUAGAAUAAAAAAUGAAUGAAAAUAUGAUAAAAGCAAUUGUAGAUGAUUAUCUAGACUAGAGAAGCAAUAAAAUUAAAAUUAAAAUUAAAAGGUGCUGUAAAUAGAUCUUUAAAUGAUGUCAUGGGCGACAUGUAAGGGUAAAAAGACUUUUAAAACAUUUAUUUCAAUUUUUUUUUUCUCUCACAUUUUCUCUCAAUUUAGCUAGGCCAAUUUAGCUCCGCCUCUUUUCAAACUGCUGCUGAUGCAGCAUUGCUAAGUAGCAUUACAGGGCACUCGGAGGAAAGUGCAGCGACAGAAAUGGAUUGUUAAUAUCUUUAAUUAGUGAAUUAGUAAAAUAUCAAGGGCUGUGUUCCUCCAGGACCAGGCUUGAAAAACACUGCUUUAGAUUAGUAUUGAAUAAAAAAUGAAUGAAAAAUAACUAAAAGCAAUUUUAGAUGAUUAUCUGGACCAGAGAAGCAAUAAAACAAAACAAUUAAAAGUGCUGCAAAUAGAUCUUUAAAUGAUGUCAUGGAUGAGAUGUAAGGGAAAAAUAAUUUUAAUACAUUUAUUUCUAAUUUUUUUCCCCAUUUUCUCUCAAUUUAGCUAAGCCAAUUUAGCUCCUCCUCUUUUUGAACUGCUGUUGAUGCAUCAUUUCCGAGUAGGAUCACAGUGCACUCGGAGGAAAGCGCAGUGACUGAAAUGGAUCGUUAAUAGCUUUAAUUAGUGAAUUAGUGAAAAAUGAAGGGCUGUGUUCCUCCAGAACCAGGCUUGAAAAACACUGCUUUAGUGUUAGAUUAUUAUAGAAUAAAAAAUGAAUUAAAAUAUGAUAAAAGCAAUUUUAGAUGAUUAUCUGGACCAGAGAAGCAAUAAAACUAAAAUUAAAAUUAAAAGAUGCUGUAAAUAUAUCUUUAAAUUAUGUCAUGGACAACAUGUAAGGGUAAAAAGACUUUUUAUACAUUUAUUUCAAAUUUUUCCCCAUUUUCUCUCAAUUUAGCUUGGCCAAUUUAGCUCCACCUCUUUUUGAACUGCUGUUGAUGCAUCAUUUCCGAGUAGGAUCACAGGGCACUCGGAGGAAAGCGCAGCGACUGAAAUGGAUCAUUAAUAAAUCAUUCACAAAUUAGUGAAUUUGUGAAAUAUAAAAGACAAUGUUCCUCCAGGACCAGGCUUGAAAAACACUGCUUUAGUAAUAGAUUAGUAUAGAAUAAAAAAUGAAUGAAAAUAUGAUAAAAGUAAUUUUAGAUGAUCAUCUCGACCAGAGAAGCAAUUAAACAAUUAAAGGUGCUGCAAAUGAAUCUUUAAAUGAUGUCAUGCAUGAGAUGUAAGGGUGAAAAGUCCUUUUAACACAUUUAUUUCUAUUUUUUUUCCCCAUUUUCUCUCAAUUUAGCUUGGCCAAUUUAGCAUUUAGCUCUGCCUCUUUUCAAACUGCUGCUGAUGCAGCAUUGCGCAUGUUUCAAUACAUCAGCUCACAGGCGCCUUGUGCCUUGUGCUGAUCCACAUCACCCUAGGGGUGAUGAAUGAUGAGGGGAAAGAGUGUCAUCUAUUGUACCCACCCAGAGAGAGCUAGGCCAAUUUUGCUCUCUCAGGGCUCCGGCAGCUGACGGCAAGCUGCAUGACCAGGAAUCGAACCAGUGAUCUUUCAUACAUAGUGGCAGCACUAUAGACCACUGGACCCCUCUGCGCUCCCCAUGAACAGGAUUUUAAAAGAUUAAUGAAUCAUUAUUUGAUGCAAAAUUGAUUCUUCACACUCCACACAUCUUAAUGACAUGGUUAAUUAAGAGUACAAAAAAAUCGUCCUUCCAUGCCAUUGUUUAAAGGACCAUUAGGAGCACCUUUAUUUAUUUAUUUUUUUUAAGUGUUGCAUCGUUCCUUCUCUGCUCUCGGUGACUAUCUCGCACCACUUUGUCACAUUUUACUAAAUGGAUCUAAAUAAACCGCUUCACACUUU